CAUUUUGCUUAGGAAAAUGGAACAGUGAAAAAGAUCAUUAGCCAGAUGACACAGAAUCUCCUGAUGGCCCUCUCUGCACGGAGCCAGUACCAGGAAAUCAGAGAGAGAUUCCGGCAACCUGUUACCGACAAAGGCACCAUCCUCAAAACCAAGCCACAGUCAACUCAAAAGGACAUCCUGAGUGUGUGCUGCGACCCUCUGAUCUUGGCACAGCAGCUGACCUAUGUUGAACUGGAAAGGGUGAGCAACAUUUACGCAGAGGAUCUGAUGCAGAUCGUCAGCCACAUGGAUGCCCUGGAUAAUCACAAGUGCCGAGGUGAUGUGGCCAAAACCUAUAAUUUAGAAGCCUAUGACAAUUGGUUCAAUUGUCUCAGCAUGCUGGUGGCUACAGAGAUUUGUCGGGUUGUAAAGAAAAAGCAGCGUACAAGAAUGGUGGAAUUUUUCAUUGAUGUGGCAAGAGAAUGCUUCAAUAUUGGAAACUUCAACUCAAUGAUGGCCAUUAUCUCUGGCAUGAACUUGAGUCCUGUGGCACGGCUAAAGAAAACUUGGUCCAAGGUCAAAACAGCCAAAUUUGAUGUUUUAGAGCAUCACAUGGAUCCAUCCAGCAACUUUUGUAAUUACCGGACAGCCCUGCAAGGAGCAGCACAGCGAUCUCAGACUGCCAACAGCAAUCGAGAGAAAAUAGUCAUCCCAGUUUUCAACCUGUUUAUUAAAGAUAUCUACUUUCUGCACAAAAUACAUACAAACCGCUUGCCCAAUGGGCAGAUAAACUUCAAGAAGUUCUGGGAAAUUUCAAGACAGAUUCAUGAUUUCCUGACAUGGAAGCAGGUUGAGUGCCCUUUUGAAAAAGACAAGAAGAUCCAGAGCUAUCUACUCACAGCACCCAUUUACAGUGAAGAAGCUCUGUUCCUUGCAUCCUUUGAAAGUGAAGGUCCAGAAAACCACAUGGAAAAAGACAGCUGGAAAACACUCAGGACAACUCUUCUUAACAGAGCCUGAUGAUUUUGGAUCUGAUCUGCAGACUUCGAAGCACAUCGAAAGAAUAUGUUUUUACAACCUGAAAGACUUGGACUGAGCUAAGAAAGACCUCACUGGCUGAGGUCUCUUUUGUAUAUACAGUAACUUUUAUGAACUAAAAUGUGGUAAAUAUUUCACAUGUCAAACUUAAGGCACUUAAGUGAAGGGUUUUGGUUUUUUUAUUUUAAAUA